CGGCCCGCGAGCGGAGCAGCCCCGGGUGCACGGCCCCGGCCCCGCGCAGCGGACGCAGGGCAGCGCCGAGGGAAGGAAGCGAGAGGGGCCGCCCUCCCCGACUCCGAAAUGCCCAAGAAGAAGCCGACGCCCAUCCAGCUGAACCCCGCGCCCGACGGCUCGGCGGUGAACGGCACCAGCUCGGCGGAGACCAACCUGGAGGCCUUGCAGAAGAAGCUGGAGGAGCUGGAGCUUGACGAGCAGCAGCGGAAGCGCCUGGAGGCCUUCCUCACCCAGAAGCAGAAAGUGGGAGAGCUGAAGGACGAUGACUUCGAGAAGAUCAGCGAGCUGGGAGCCGGCAACGGCGGCGUGGUGUUCAAGGUGUCGCACAAGCCGUCCGGCCUGGUCAUGGCCAGAAAGCUUAUUCACCUGGAGAUCAAACCUGCUAUCCGGAACCAGAUCAUAAGGGAGCUGCAGGUUCUGCACGAGUGCAACUCCCCGUACAUCGUGGGCUUCUACGGGGCAUUCUACAGCGAUGGCGAGAUCAGCAUCUGCAUGGAGCACAUGGACGGGGGUUCCUUGGAUCAAGUCCUGAAGAAAGCUGGACGGAUUCCCGAGCAAAUUUUGGGGAAAGUUAGCAUUGCUGUGAUCAAGGGCCUGACGUAUCUGAGGGAGAAACACAAGAUCAUGCACAGAGACGUCAAGCCCUCCAACAUCCUGGUCAACUCCCGCGGGGAGAUCAAGCUCUGUGACUUCGGGGUCAGUGGGCAGCUCAUCGACUCCAUGGCCAACUCCUUCGUGGGCACCAGGUCUUACAUGUCGCCCGAGAGACUCCAGGGGACACACUACUCUGUGCAGUCGGACAUCUGGAGCAUGGGGCUGUCCCUGGUGGAGAUGGCGGUGGGGCGCUACCCCAUCCCGCCCCCCGACGCCAAGGAGCUGGAGCUGAUGUUUGGGUGCCAGGUGGAGGGCGAUGCGGCCGAGACUCCGCCCAGGCCCAGGACCCCCGGGCGGCCCCUCAGCUGUGAGUGGCCUGCGUACGGAAUGGAUAGCCGGCCUCCCAUGGCGAUUUUUGAGCUGCUGGAUUACAUCGUCAAUGAGCCUCCUCCGAAACUCCCCAGCGCAGUCUUCAGCCUGGAGUUUCAAGAUUUUGUGAAUAAAUGCUUAAUAAAAAACCCCGCCGAGAGAGCAGACUUGAAGCAGCUCAUGGUUCAUGCUUUUAUCAAGAGGUCUGAUGCCGAGGAGGUGGAUUUUGCCGGUUGGCUGUGCUCCACCAUCGGCCUUAACCAGCCCAGCACGCCGACGCACGCGGCCGGCGUGUGAGCACGGGGCGCGGCGUGGAGCCGACCCCCGCCCAGCGGUCUCCUUCCUGUGCUCGUCCCUGUUCAGGCGCCCAUUUCACCUGUGACAAAGGAUGAGGAACACAGCAUGUGCCAAAACCUCUUGGUGUCAUUCUCUCACUGUCUCUAUCCUUAAUACUGUCGUUACUCCCGA